AUGCGCCGGGGCGUUAAAGGCCCGCUCUCGGCAGGGGGAGCUUUGUUUGCUCGGCGCUGCUCGGGCACCGCGCGGCCGCACCGCUACGCUCCGGACGCACCGCGCCGGGGCCGGAGCCGCCGCGCGCCGGGAGGGAACCGCGGACCCGGGCAGCCCCCGCCGCUCCCGGGAUUCGCCAGUUCGUGUCCGGGGAACCGCGGAAGAGCCGAAGCGGAGUGCGGGACUGCGCCGUCCCCUCGUGGGGACUCCCGGCGGCUCUCUCCCGCCGCCCCGCCCGGACCGGCCGCUCUCUCCGUCCGCAACCGGCGGGGUCCCGCCGCCGGCCGAGCCUCCCCCGCGCCGCCGCACUUUUGGGACUUUCUCGGACUUAAAUGGACAUCUGAGGGCGGCGCGGCGGGGCUCUGGAUGAAGAGCGGCACGGCGGCGGCGGGCAUGAAGGAUGUGGAAUCGGGCCGGGGCAGAACGCUGGCGAGCGCGGCGGCCCGCGGGGACGGCCUGCUGCUGCUGGGCACAGCCGGCGCGGCCGCCCCCACCGGGCUGCGGGAGGGCCGCCGCGGGAAGCACGGCGCCCGCAUGAGCCUGCUGGGGAAACCGCUGUCCUACAGCAGCGGGCCGAGCUGCCGCCGGAACGCCAAGUAUCGCCGGCUGCAGAACUACCUGUACAACGUGCUGGAGCGGCCCCGCGGCUGGGCCUUCGUCUACCACGCCUUCGUUUUUCUGCUUGUGUUUGGUUGCUUGAUUUUGUCCGUGUUUUCCACUAUUCCUGAACACACAAAACUUGCCUCUGGCUGUCUCUUCAUUUUGGAAUUUGUCAUGAUUGUUGUCUUUGGUUUGGAAUUUAUUAUUCGUAUUUGGUCUGCUGGAUGCUGUUGUCGAUACCGAGGAUGGCAAGGAAGACUGCGCUUUGCCAGGAAACCAUUUUGUGUAAUAGACAUCAUUGUUCUCAUCGCUUCAAUAGCAGUUGUUUCUGCAAAAACUCAGGGUAACAUUUUUGCAACAUCAGCACUGAGAAGUCUUCGUUUCCUACAGAUCCUUCGUAUGGUGCGCAUGGACCGAAGAGGAGGCACUUGGAAAUUAUUAGGUUCAGUAGUUUAUGCACAUAGCAAGGAAUUAAUCACAGCCUGGUACAUAGGAUUUUUAGUACUCAUCUUUUCAUCUUUCCUGGUUUAUCUGGUGGAAAAAGAUGCAAAUAAUCAGUUCUCCACAUAUGCAGAUGCUCUCUGGUGGGGCACAAUCACAUUGACAACCAUUGGCUAUGGAGACAAAACUCCUCUUACUUGGCUUGGAAGGUUGCUUUCUGCAGGAUUUGCUCUGCUUGGCAUUUCUUUCUUUGCACUACCUGCUGGCAUCCUUGGCUCAGGAUUUGCAUUAAAAGUGCAGGAACAGCAUCGCCAGAAACACUUUGAGAAAAGAAGGAAUCCAGCUGCCAGUCUAAUUCAGUGUGUAUGGCGUAGUUAUGCGGCUGAUGAGAAAUCGGUUUCCAUUGCUACCUGGAAGCCUCAUUUGAAGGCCUUGCAUACCUGCAGCCCUACAAAAAAAGAACAAGGGGAAGCUUCUAGCAGUCAAAAGUUAAGUUUCAAGGAGCGGGUCCGGAUGGCCAGCCCACGAGGUCAGAGCAUAAAGAACAGGCAGUCAUCAGUCGGAGAUCGCCGGUCCCCGAGCGCCGACGUUGCCACUGACGGCAGCCCCACCAAGGUCCAGAAGAGCUGGAGCUUCAAUGACCGCACCCGCUUCAGGCCAUCGCUGCGGCUCAAGAGCUCCCAGCCCAAACCCGUGGUUGAUGCUGACACCAGUCUUGGAACAGAUGAUGUUUAUGAUGAUAAAGGGUGCCAGUGUGAUGUGUCAGUAGAAGAUCUCACUCCUGCACUUAAAACUGUCAUCAGAGCAAUCAGAAUUAUGAAAUUUCAUGUUGCAAAGAGAAAGUUUAAGGAAACACUUCGUCCAUAUGAUGUCAAAGAUGUCAUUGAACAGUAUUCAGCGGGUCAUCUAGACAUGUUGUGCAGGAUCAAGAGUCUUCAGUCACGUGUUGACCAAAUUCUUGGGAAAGGACAAAUCACUGCAGAUAAAAGAAGUAGAGAAAAGAAUACAGCAGAGAAUGAGACAACUGAUGACCUCAGCAUGUUAGGGCGUGUAGUCAAGGUGGAGAAACAGGUACAAUCCAUUGAGUCAAAACUGGACUGCCUGUUAGAUAUUUAUCAACAAGUCUUGAGAAAAGGCUCCGCAUCAGCGCUCACUUUGGCUUCACUUCAAAUGCCACCUUUUGAAUGUGAGCAGACUUCUGAUUAUCAAAGUCCAUCCGAUAGCAAAGAUUUGUCUAGCUCUGCACAAAUCAGUGGAUGUGUAUCCAGAUCAGCUAGUGCCAAUCUGCCUCGUGGCCUACAGCUAAUACUGACACCAAAUGAAUUUAGCACUCAGGCUUACUAUGCUAUUAGUCCUGCUAUGCAUAGUCAAGCAACGCAAGUGCCAAAUGAUGGACAUGCAACAGUUAACAACACAUCAAACCAAAUAAACCAGGCAACUAAGCCAGCAACUCCAACAACACUGCAAAUACCACCUUUCUCAUCAGUGAAGCAUAUCAGUAGGCCUGAGCCCGUUCACAUUAUUCCUGUAACCACACAGGAAAAUAUUUCUGAUGUCACCGCUUGCCUUGUUGCAUCAAAGGAUAACGGACAAGUCGCUCAGCCCAGCACAACCAAGGAUCUCACGUGGAGAAAAGGACUGGAUACAGAAGGGGAACCUUUGCUCUCAGUUAAACCUGUGGUGCAAAUGGAUUUAGGAAAAUCUUUAUCUAUACAAAACCUUAUACAAUCAACAGAAGAACUGAAUGUACAGAUUACUGGCAGUGACUCCAGUGGUUCAAGAGGUAGCCAAGACGUAUACUCCAAAUGGAGGGAGUCAAAAUUAUUUAUAACUGAUGAAGAGUUGGAGACAGAGGCAGGAACAGAGACUACUGAAGCCAUCUCUCGCCCACUAGUGGAAACAACUCUCUCUACUGACUCUCUAAGGACUGGAAUAUCAAGAUCAUCUCAAAGCAUUUGCAAGCCAGGGGACGGUACAGAAGCACUCAGUCUGCUCCAUGUCAAACUUAAAUAACAGCUUGUAGGCUUUCUUCAUUGGCUGAGUCAUUCCUCUAGUCAUACAUAUCAUAGCAUGAACUAUUUUGAAAGCCUUUUUAAUGAGAUAAAAUCACAAAAACAGGAUGAAUCUGAAAAGCAGUUGAAUGAGCCCAUAUCUUCUAGUUGCAUGAAAAUGCAUGUUCAAGUGAUGGCUAAAAUUCAGAUUUAUACCUACAGUAUGGCAGCCUUUCAUGUAGUACAGUAGGUUUAAAUAAUGAAUUGCCUACAAAGCUAAUGCUGCAGGAUGUAUCAAAAAGCAAAAAUUUGAGCAUUUAGACCUAGUGCCGUUUCCACAGGGCGAAAGUAAAAAUUGUAAGAUUUAAAGCACUUUGCUUCUGAACUAAUUAAAUAUAUAUAUAUAUGUCCUGAUUUAGAUGAUAGUUUAUGUUUACAACAAAGAAUUAUCUACAGCUGCUAGCAAGGUACCAAGGAAAUCAGAUAUACGGGAUUAGAAAUGGCUGCCAGUUGCAAGAUACACACGUUAGCUCAUCAGUAAUUAAUUAUUUUUAACUCUGAAAAGCAGUAUGUUAAUGUAUCCAUCUGAUUUUUGAUGAUUUAGUGUUGUGGCAGAGUACCCGACACACCGCUACUAUCACAUUGUUCUUUACAAUGAGAAUGUUUUAUUGUUACGAAAGGUUUGUAUUCUAAGCAUCAGGGCUGGCCUCAGAAAAGGGAAUCUCUCCUUUUUCCAGACUCACUGAGGAACUGUCUUGUGCAUCUGAAACAUUUUGGCAGCAGUAUGUGAGGCAAAGAUGCAGGCACUGCUCUCGUUGAAGAAGCAGUAUUUCAUUCAUUUGAAAAUCUGACAGUCUUCAUUGGGGUCACAACCUGAUGCCAUGACAGUAGUUUGUGAGGCUGGGGAGUGAGGGAAAAAGGGGAACUGAAAUGCAGAGUGAAAGUAAAGAUGACAACACAGGGAAGAGGGAAAGACAACACAAUCGAUGAAGAAAAAGGAAUAAAGAUUGAGAUGGGCAGGAAGGGAAAUUAUCCGAGAAAAUAAAAGAAGGAAAGUAAAGAGAGAAAAAUAUAUAUUUUUUUAAUUCCAGCCUUUUAGACACAGAUAGUGAGUGCUAUUUCAAAAGAAGCCAUUGGAGGCAACCAGAAAUGGAAAUGGAAGUAGGAAAAGAACAUUCACUGAAAAAAUUGAAGGCAGUUGUUUUGUUUGGGUUUUUUUUGUUGUUGUUGUUGUUGUUUUUUAAUUUUUGUGUGUGAUUUUUGUUUGGUUUUGCUCUUUUUUUCUUUUUUUCUUUUUUUUUUUAAUAAAAUAAAAUGUGAGGAGGAGAGAAUUUGAUCUGGCUUUUAUAGCUUGGUCCCAACCGCAGUCAUUUCUUACAAGGUUUCCAGUAGAGGACCUUCAGACUCUUUCCUCCUAAAACCUGAGGCUUAAAAUUCAAAAAUUCAAAGUCAACAUCAGACUGAGCAUUCCUGCUUGAUACAUCCUCUUUUUUCUUAUCCUACCUGCACUUUGCUUCUGCUGAGAUGCAGAAGCAGUGUUAGUGCCUAUCUGCACAUCCCCAGCAAGGCUUCACCACUGGAAGAACCCACGCAGAGCCUAACCAGGCUUUCAUUUUUCCCAGCUGAACAAGGUUUCUGUGUGUUGCCUCCCCCCAUAUUCAUACCCUACCUGCACCACAACCUUGUAGACAACCUGACUUGGGCUCAGCUUCCUUCUAGCAGCAGGAACAGUGAAUGUAUGGGGGUGCCAGUGCCAGCUCACUCAGGGCAGUGUUUUCUCAAGGCCCAGACCUGCUGGGAACUUACUACGUACAUCAAAAAUGUCACUCCAGUCUUAAUCAUGGCUAAAUGCUGUAGAUUGUAUUGUGAAGGACUUGAUCUGUUUACUAUGAAACCAUUGUAAUUUCUGCUUCCAUAUUUCCUUUACAAAAGUAUUCCUGGAUAUUACAUGAUAACCUUAUUAUGUGAAAGUACAUGCAAACUGUAGAGUGUAUAUAUUGUGUCAUUAUGUGGGGUCCAUGGAUGGUACACUGUGCUCCACGGCUCACACCAGAGCAAACUUCAGCUGUUAAAUCCUGAAAGACGCCUUGAAGCACAAUUUACUCACCACUGAUUUGCCAUAUAAUUUACCACGUUCAGCCUUUCCUGUUUUCUUUAAUGUGCAGUCUGGUUAUACAAAGACCUGCUUACAACAGUAAUUUUGCGAGGAUAAAUAGAUCUUUUCCACAUUUGCAUUCAUUUAACUUAUUUGAAUGUCUGCAGUUCAUCCAGGCGUAUUUGAAAGUUUAAAGUACAAUUCAAAAUUUUAAAACUUACAAGUUUUUAGGCUUUUUUCCUUUUUUUUCUGAGUGGUUCAUGGUGCCUUUCUUGCCUUUUAUAUGAAGCUUCCUGCCAGCCUAAGCAUACACCCACCCUUAGGUUCAGCUCAGGAGCACGACAUGAGGCACAUGACAACAUGCAUCAGUAACAAAACUCUCUUCCCCUCCUUGAUGGGACAGAAAACUGAAGGCACCAUGAAUUGGCCUGCAAUCUUCCACCUUUGCCUCCAUGAGCCGAUCACUGCCUCCCACUGAGCCAGGAAGGAGGCAGUGGGAGGACUUAGCUUUGGCUCUGACUGUACACAUCCAGUACCAGAAGCAGGGCCUUGGGUUUUGCUGAUAAUUUAUCUCACAGAAACUUGGUAUUUUUGCCUUAAAUGACAUGCUUGAGUCCUUCUAAUUUUAAGUUAAUUUAUUUAAUACAAUGUUGUGCACAAAAGAAUGAAUUCUAUAAAUUAUGUAUGAAAAUGUUAAUGUCUUUACAAAGU